AUGUUUUAGCCGAUGUGAUUGGCUUUUAGAAGAUAUAAAGGGCAUCCAUGGGAGGGAUGAAGUAGUUCUCAGUCCAUUUCUAAGAAGGGGCAAGUUUGUUUUGUUUUCUGUUUCGAGGAAAAAAGAAGACCUCACAAUGAAGCAGAUUUUAAUCUCCAUGUGCCUUCUGGCAUCAACGUUUGCUGCGCCUGCACCAGGGAGUGACAGUGGUGAGGUUGCAGCACAUGCUAAUGAGGCCCUAAGAUUGAUGGAGAUGUACAGGCUAUACCAGCAACAGGGACUAGAAAACCCUUUCCUUCAAGCUGCUAAUGCUCCCGCUAAGUCACCUGGUGCUCUUCGGGUGGAUGCUGUGCAAGCCCAGCUGGCUCCCGUCCCUGCAGAGGAUGUCUCAGAUGAGGAGGCUGAGGAUGGGAACCCUGCUCCUAAAGCUGUAGCCCCCGGUGCUGCUGCUGCUCCCCUGAACUCUGAUGAAGAGGAGGAGGCUGAAGAGGCAGAGACAGCUGAGCUCGAACCAACCGUGGUUGAUGUAGCACCUGCAGACCCAACAAUAGCCCCAGCAGCAGACCCCUCAGCAGCCGAUGAGCCUGAAGUGGUGGCCAUCCCUCCAGGUGUUGCACCAGUUGAUGGUGUUGUGGUUGCAGUACCCCCUGUUGAUGUUGUUCCUGUGGACGCUGCUUCUGAGGUGGCUGUUGAUGUGGCUGGCCCUGUUGCUACUGUUAUUCCUGCUGUUGAUAAUGCUGCAGCCACAGCGGCUGCUGAGGUUUUUGCUACACUGUAAUUAUCCACCUUUCCCUGUCUGUGAAGGUGUAUUCUGCGUUUAGAAAACAUCAGUACCAGAAACGCCAGUAGCUUACUUUGUUUGCCCUUCUUGAAUGAAUAGGAAAGAGGACUUGACAAAAUAAUAAGUUAAGACUAAGUAAUACAUGAUAUGUGAAGAUCAGAGGUAGCUUGUCCAAAGUUAACCAUUUUUUUUACUCCAGAAUUUAAUUGGUUAGCAUUUUUAGUUUUUUUUUCAACUCUGUAAUAAAUAUGAGUUGUUGUAUGUGUCUGAUAUGUACAUCUUACUGCUAAGAAUUAAAAUAAUCAAUCUCUCUGAAUAUAAGCUGCUUUCUUAUAUUUUUU